AUGGGCAUCAAAGGUAGAAGAAAGCGUAUUCGCGAACGGGAGGCCAAAGCGCAACAGGAAGAGGAAUGGGCCGCGGAUAACAGCAGCGAUUACGAUGACGAUGACGAUGACACCAUUGCAGUGAUGGGCAAUGGGCCAAUGAUGCCGCCCGUGGACGCCGGCGGGCGGCUGCGCAUGAAGAAGACGGACUUGUUCAACAUGCACGACCUGGAAUACCUUGAGCGCAUCGCGGAAGAGCACGAAAAUCGUCGCACGAGCCACCUGCGCAAGAAGCGGGACAGUGAAAACGUAGAAGAAGAGGUAGCGGAAACGGAGGGUUUGAUGCAGCACCAUUUUGACACGGAAGACGCGCUGCAAACGCUAUUCAAUUCUGCAGCUCGAAAGGCGGCGAAAGGAGAGGAGAGCUUGCUUGAGCGGCGCCGCCGUGCCGCCAAAGGCGCUCGCUACAAUCAUCCACUUAUCGGCAUCGACCCGCAGAUUGUGGCUGCGCUGCAGAAGGAAGGGUUUUGCUGCAUGACGACCAUCCAAGAGCGGGUGAUCCCGCACGCUCUGCAGGGCUACGACCUCCUUGGGCAGGCGAAGACGGGUUCCGGAAAGACACUCGCCUUCUGCGUUCCGGUAUUGCAUACCAUUCUCAAACACGUGCGUAAACAACCCAACGCGACGUACAGCUUGAUGCUCGCACCAACGAAGGAGCUGUGCGUGCAAACGCACGAUGUACUCAAGAGUGUCUGUCAGCAUAUUCCGGCUGAUGUUGCCGUAUUCUCUGUACAGCUCAUCACGGGUGGGACGAAGGUGACGGAAGAACGCCGGCUUCUGACGGCAGGUGCCUCAAUCGUGGUUGGAACUCCCGGCCGUGUUCACGAUCAUGUUAAGCACUGCGUCAAUUGGGACCUCACGCGGUUACGGUUCCUCGUUCUGGACGAAGCGGAUCGUAUGCUGGCGGAUGGAUUUCAGAAGGAUCUUGAUGCUAUUGUGCAGCGACUGCCACACUCCCGUCAGACCUUCCUGUUUUCAGCAACGAACUCCAAGUCGGUGCGAGAGCUCGCCCGACUUUCCCUGUCACGCACACCGCUGUUCAUCGCGACCACCGGAAGCGCACCGACGCCAGUGCAGGUGGCGGAUCAAGUCCUCGGUGACGCUGUUGCUACGGACUCCCUCGUUAUGCCACCGUACGGUUCCUACGAGGACCCGCCUACGGAUGAUGAGCAGGAAGAGGAGGAGGAGGGAGAAGAGGAAGAGGAAGAGCAUGACGAUGAUAUUGAGGAAGAUUCGAAUGGGGCACAACAUCAGCUGGAAGGUGACGAUGCGGAGCCCAUCCCGAGCAGUCUGCGCCAAUUCUGCCACAUCACACCUGUGGGGAGGCGUCUGAUUUGUCUGUACACAUUUGUGAAACGUGUCGCCCGCACUUCGAAGGCGAUGGUCUUCUGCUCCACCAUUGCCAGCACCAUAUUCCACUUCCAGAUGAUGGGCUCUGUGGGGUUUCACGAUGAGGUGAUAAUGCUUCACGGGCAUAUGAAACACCGCCAACGUGUUGCUGCCUUUCAGGCCUUCAAUGAGUGGAACACUGGUGUGUUGUUCUGCACCGAUGUGGCUGCACGUGGUCUCGACAUUCCGAACGUGGAGUGGAUUCUGCAAUACGACCCGCCGCUUGACCCCACGGAGUAUGUGCACCGCAUUGGCCGUACGGCACGCGCAGGCAACGUUGGCAACGCUCUGCUCUUCCUUACACCGGAGGAGGUUGGCUUUGUGCGAUACCUCUCACGCUUCGGCAUCACUCUGGAGAGGUACCCGAUGCCGGAGAAGCUCCCGCCGAUUCAGAUGAAGCUGGAGCACGUGCUGCAGCUCGAUCCCAUCGUGGCGAAGAGCGCUGUUAGUGCCUACAGAGCGCACGUCGGCGCGUAUCAGAGCCACCUGCUAAAGGAGACAUUCAAGGUGCAACGCCUCGACCUGGCUGGGCUCGCGCGGAGUUUUGCGCUUACGUCGCCGCCGAGCGUCACGCUGCCGAAGAACACCGCAGAGGAGAAAAAGCAGGAGUACGUCAAGGGGAAGCUCAAGUCGCUCAACCGGCGUCGCCUUGAAGCGAAGAAGUACUACGAGGCUCAGAAGACAAAACCACAGUGGACACCUGACGGCUGUUUUGUAGGAGCCGUCCCGCCAAAGUUCUGA